CUUUCAGUUUGUAAAUGUUAGUUCUUUUUGAGUCGCCCGCCGGCUAUGCGGUGUUUAAAGUUCUCAAGGAGUCCAAACUGAAGGAAGUGGAAAACAUCUGGCAACACUUCCAGACACCCGAAAAAGCGUCUAAAAUUGUCCAACUGCAGUUUUUUGAGAAGUUCAAAGAUGCCACUGAUGCCUUAUCCGCAACAGCCUCAGCUCUGGAGUGCAAAGUUCCGAAACGCCUGAAAAAGAUUCUGAAACAGAUAAGCUCCGAAGCUCACGAAGAGCUCGGAGUAGUUGAUGCCAAGCUGGGAAACAUCAUCAAAGAGAAACAUGGUGUAAACUGUGUGACCUCAAGUGCUAUAAAUGAGCUUUACAGGAACAUAAAAGCUCAAGCGAGUCAUUUGAUUGGAGGCAUAUCAGAACGAGAAUAUGCGGCAAUUCAACUCGGCCUAGCUCACGGACUGUCGCGUUAUAAACUGAAGUUCAAUCCGGAUAAAAUCGAUACGAUGAUAAUCCAAGCGGUGAAUCUUUUGGACGAUUUGGACAAAGAGUUGAACAAUUAUGGAAUGCGAAUGAAGGAAUGGUACGGCUGGCAUUUCCCAGAGUUGUCCAAAAUUGUCAAUGAUAUUGUAACGUACGCUAAAGCAGUAAAACUGAUGGGAACCCGUGACAAUGCUACAAGCACUGACUUUUCAGAGUUUUUAACGGAAGACUUAGAAAAAGAUUUAAAAUCGGCAGCGGAUAUAUCAAUGGGAACAGAAAUUUCCAAGGAUGACAUUGCCAACGUUGCUCUUCUAUGUGAACAGAUCAUUGACAUGUACGGGUACAGAGCUCAAUUGGCAGAAUACCUGACUAACCGAAUGAUGGCAGUGGCGCCAAAUUUGACUGUUCUAGUCGGAGAGAUCUUAGGAGCCCGGUUGAUAGCACACGCUGGAUCUUUGUUGAAUUUAGCGAAACACCCUGCCUCAACGGUACAGGUUUUUGGUGCAGAAAAGGCGCUUUUUAGGGCGAUAGCAAAAAAGCAAUCGACACCUAAGUUCGGUCUGAUGUAUCAUGCAACGCUGGUGAAUCAGGCUUCAAUGAAAUAUAAAGGAAAGAUUUCACGAAUGCUUGCUGCUAAGUCGGCUAUCGCUAUUCGUGUAGAUGCUCUUAAAGAAGACGUUGAUGGAAAGUUGGGAGUCGAAUUAAGAAGCAAAGUGGAGUAUAGACUCAGACAGUUGGAAACUGGAAUGGCAUUUAAGUUAAGCGGACGCGCCAGAGAUAUGAACACUACGCCCAAGUACGCGCCAAAUGAGAGGGCACCAAAAACGUACGAUGACGAAAAUGAUUUCACACUAGAGUCUAGAGCUGGAAAACGCAAGUUCGACGAGACAAAAACUCCGGCGAAAGGAAAUACUGUUAAAAGUGGUGAAAAGGAAGAAGAUAUCAAAGAGGAGCCGAAAGAAAUAGAUUCUGCGCAAAAAAGCGGGAAGAAGAAGAAAAAGUUGGUGCAGGAGAUGGACAAUGGAGAUGGUGAUUUGGAGGUGAAGGAGGAAAAUGAUAUUUCUAUGGUAGAGGGUGGACAGACAAGCGACAAGAAAAAGAAAAAGAAGAAGAGCAUGGUUCCAGAAGAAGUAACUGAAGAACCGGUUGCCGAAGAGGUCGCUGCAACCACUCCCGGAGGCAAGAAGAAAAAGAAGCGGCCGAGCGAAUCCGAAGCGCAAGCAGUUGCGGAACCGGAAGUCGGACCAGCAGUCGAUGAUGCCAGUCCUAAGAAGAAGAAACGAAAGUCCAAGUCUCUCGGAGUUGAAGCGGUCCAAGAGUAAUGAUAACUUUCACAACCUUAGUGGUUGACCUUUGACCGUGGUUAACUCCUACUAGUUAUAACUGCUCAGUCGAUUUUUUUUGUUGUUUUAUCUAUUCUUGUUUAUGAGAUGAUGCCGCAAGUCUACCUUGAUUUACAUCGAUUGAUGAUUAAUUUAUUACUUGAUUGCACAGGUGGGUUGUAGUGCGGCUGUUGAAUUAGACUUGAAACAAGUUUUUGUUGCUUCUAGUCCGGGACUUUUUGAGUUGUUAUUUGACGGACAGAUUUUAAAUCGUUUGACCUCAUGAUAAUUCAAUUAGUUCUGUCA